AUGGCCACCGUAUCGAAAUCAUUACUCAAGCCGCACGAUUAUACAGUAGCAUGGAUCUGCGCUCUUGCCAUAGAAAUGGCUGCCGCGGAGGCAAUGCUGGAUGAGAGACAUUCUUUACCUACCAUCUCCGGUGACGACAAUACCUACGUCGCAGGAAGGGUGGGCUCCCAUAAUGUUAUUAUCGCGUGUCUUCCAGCGGGAGUUUAUGGGACGACCUCUGCUGCCAACGUAGCGUCUCAGAUGCGGCUCACCUUCAAGAGCAUUCGGUUUGGGCUCAUGGUGGGAAUUGCUGGGGGAGUACCUAGUGCAGAUCACGAUAUUCGACUUGGUGAUGUCGUAGUCGGCAAACCAACGCGGGAUUUUGGGGGAGUAAUCCAAUACGACUAUGGCAAGGCUGUGGCUGGCGGCUAUUUGGAACGAACAGGKGUCUUGAAUAAGCCUCCAACCAUACUCUUGACAGCCAUGACGGCGCUACAGUCCGCACACAUUGCGAACAAAAGUCGUAUUCCUGAUCUAAUUGCAGACUUGGCCGAGCGACAUCCGCGAAUGAAGGAGAAGUUUACGUAUGACAGCCGCAGAGAAGAUUUGUUGUUUGAGUCCCAGUACCAUCAUAGUGAUCGUGCGACGACCUGCGAUGAAUGUGAUAGGCAGCGGCUAGUUACUCGAGCGCCAAGGGACAGGAACGACCCUGUUAUACACUACGGUCUGAUUGCAUCCGGCAACCAGGUCAUGAAGGAUGCUCAGAAUAGAGAGAAGCUCGCCCGAGAAUUGGGCAUCCUGUGUUUUGAGAUGGAAGCAGCUGGUCUGGUGGACACAUUUCCAUGCCUAGUAAUUCGAGGGAUUUGUGAUUAUGCUGAUUCUCACAAAAACAAACAAUGGCAAGAGUAUGCAGCUGCAACGGCGGCAGCUUAUGCAAAGGAGCUUGUCACCAUGGUCCAUGCUCUUCAAGUUGUAGAUACACCUUCGGUUAUGCCGAUCACCGACGUCGUUCAUAAAAGCAAGGCUAUGGCCAAACUGCGAGGCUCGUCAACUUGGGUAGCAAAGCCGAAUGGCGAACUCGACGAGACGAUGCUUAGGCGGAUUUCAACCUAUGAGCAUGAAAAGAUUCAUCAGCGACUUGCUCGCAAACGCGUCAUGGGGACAGCGCAGUGGUUCCUGGAUCAUCCCGAUUUCCAAGCAUGGCUGAAGGAGAAAAGAUUCUCGAGGCUGUGGUGCUCUGGGAAAAUCGGCUCGGGUAAAACAACGAUAGCGACAGCGGCUAUCGAUGAAGCCAAAUAUCGAUUAUCGAACAACUUGGCUUCGACGGCCUUCUUCUACUGUGAGAGCGACAGACCAGACGAGCUGAAUGGGUCUUACAUACUUUCCAGUCUGAUCAGACAAUUAUGCAACUAUCUUCGAGUGAAAAAUAGACGCUGCCCCGGCGAUGUGGCAGAUGCACUGAAUCGCUUUUUUGGGAAGGAUCGAGUUUUUCCAGACUUCGAAGAUUUGAAGGGUCUUAUGUUCCAGUUAUUCAAACUUGUCCCAGACACAGUGUACAUCAUUGAUGGACUCGAUGCAUUGAACCCAAGCCAAAGUAAAGAUCUGUUUGAGUUCUUCAGGUCCCUAUUCUGCGGUUCUGGAUCACCACCAGAGUCAAGAAUACUUUUUUUCAGCCGAGAACAAUUGCCUGGUUAUACAGGCAUUCCCCUAUUCAUGGCCGGCGCUCGUCAAAUUUCGACUACGUCCAAUGUGAUGCCGGACCUUCAAGUGUACAUUGAUACGAGUGUCACCGAUAAAUUGAUGACCAGGAAGCUCACGGACGAUUUAGCCUUGUUGGAUGAGGUCAAGCGGGUCCUCCUGGAAGAAUCAUCUGGAAUGUUUCUUUGGGUCUACCUGCAGUUGGAGAUUCUGUGGCAAGAAUGUUUCACAGACAAUCGUAUUCGAUCAGCGUUACGAGAUCUUCCGACAGAUCUGGAGGAGACAUACCGUCGCUGUGUCCGAAGAAUGACUUUUGCUAAUUCUUAUGCAUUGCGCGUUCUUCAAUGGGUCAGUUUCGCUGCGAGACCACUUCAUAUCGACGAAUUAAGAGAGGCCGUCGCGUUUGACUUGGAGGACAUGACAUGGGACGCCGGAAAGAUCCCACAAGCUGAUGUGGUGAUUGGGUGUGGUGCGAAUCUCGUGGCCGUCGACCCAUCUGAUCAAUGUGUGCGCUUUGCGCAUCCCUCUGUUAAGACAUAUCUGCUCAAAGAUUCAGACUCAGCCAGUUUGAUUCCAAGAUACCCAAAAUCCGAUAGGCAGGGCGAGCUCCAGUGCGGAGAAUUCUGUGUUGCGUAUUUGUCGUUCUCUAACUUCAACCUCGCACUGGUGAAGCCAGCCAACGAGACUGAAGUGGUAAAAGUCCCGAAUGCCCAGCUGCUCGCCGGCGAUGCAUUGACAUCUCCCUUCGUUAGAUUUUUCUGGGGACGAGGGAAAAAUCCCAAGCCACCCACCCAAGUACAAUUUCGACGCAUUGGAUCAGCCACUAUCCCGGAUCGUUCACAAUAUAAAUUUCUGGACUACGCAGUCACUCACUGGGCCUUGCAAACCAAAGAGAUCACUUUUAAAUCUCUAGUCUGGGAAAAGUUCGAGCGACUCUCGCUAAGUUUCAAUGAAACCUGGAAUUUUCACCCCUGGGUGAUCGGCGGCCGCUCACAAAUCUCACGUCUGCAUGGCCUCUUCGGCUGGGCUGUUGAAAACGAGCACCUUCCGCUAUUGGCAUUAGCUCUCAAUUCUGAGCGAGACAUACGAUUGAUCUGUAACCUUCCAUUAAUCGAUGAACGACUUCCUGCACUUCAUCUCGCAUCAAAAAUGGGGCUUGUGGACGUUGUCAGACUCCUUCUGCCCGUGUGCCAAUUGAACUUGCAGGACGAAGAAGGAUAUACUGCCUUACAUCACGCAGCUAGUAAAGGACAUGUACGUGUUGUGGUCAUACUUCUAAAUAAAGCAAACAUUAAAAUAGGCAUCCCGUCAAAAACCCAAGUUACACCCCUUUGGCUGGCUGCUAGUCAUGGCCAUUGCGACGUUGUGCAGGCUCUAGCUGAGAGGCAGGCGGAUUUUGAGGCCGAAGAUAGUGAAAUGCGACGGACGCCGCUUAUAAUGGCUGCUAGUAAUGGCCAUCGAGCUGUUGUCGACUAUCUCGUGAGCAACAGAGCGUAUUUGGAAGCAAAGGAUGCCGGGGGUAGGACGCCAUUAUCAUGGGCCAUCACGAAUGAGCAUGUGGACACGAUCGAACUUUUACUUGAGAGAGGCGCCAAUCCUGCUUGUAAAUUUGCGAACAAGGGACAAUUGCUGUUACGGGUGGCGCAGACUGGCCAUGCUGCAAUUAUGCACUUACUAGUCAAAGAUCUCACGACGAACCUAAACACUACCGAUGACAAUGGCUUAACAGGCUUACGGUGGGCUGUACAGAAUAAAAACUUGGAAAUUGCUAAUAUCCUUCUUGAUGCCGGGGCAGAUCGGGAGAUCCGAGAUGCUCGCGGCCAGACGCCUUUACUGUGGGCAGCGAGAAAUAAUCACGAAGCACUGACUGACUUACUGCUAAAGAAAGGCGCGGUUGUAUAUGCUCAAGAUAAGGAAAAGAGAACAGCAUUAUUCUGGGCUGUCAAGAACAGCCGCGAGGGUCUAGUCAAGCUACUGCUCGACCGAAUCGGAGACCAACACGCGGGAAGGAAGCGGUUACUGAACGCUAUCGCCUUGCGGACUGCACAAAUGCGAACUCAGGAUACAGUGGAGUCAUCACUUGGCGCAAAUGGAGAUUUUGAGGACAAGACGCCGCUACUGUCGGCUGUAAGAAAAAGCCACGAGUGGUUGACUCAGCAGUUUAUGGAAAUUGUCCCUAACGUGGACCGAGAGACUAUUCUAAAGGAGGCAGCUUCUAUGUGGUCCACAGUGAACGGACAAAUGUCCCUACUCGAAAUGCUCGUUGGGAAAAAAAGUAAAGAUGACAUCGAUGAGUCCUAUAUGAGGACAUCCCUCCUACAAGCUGCGGAGAAGGGUGAUGAGCAUCGGGCGAAGCUGAUGGUUGCUAAAGGCGCUGAUAUCCACGGAAGAAAUCUAUACGGGGAGACAGCACUAUGGUGGGCUGCAAGAAACGGGCAUGCGUCGCUUGUAGAAUUUUUCUACGAUAAGGGUGCAGAUAUUGAAUCCAAGGAUAAAUUUGGUCUCACGCCAUUAGCUUGGGCGGUUGAGAAGGGAUACUGGGAUGUUGUUAAGCUAUUGGUGGGCUGGGGCGCUGACAUCCGGGCUCGCGACAAGUCUGGCCAGACACCACUUACUAGAGCUGAUGGCAAAGGAAUGCGGAAUCUAUUGGUUGGAGAAUGA